ACAAAGCAAAGCUGGCCGCUGUCUGAUUCGCGGGCCGUAUUUCGCGCUGUUGCUUUCGUGGCGCGCGGCCGACUCUGACGAGAGCUCUCGGAGAUGAUACAUAUUCUACUCGAGCCGUGUUUCCAAUGCAAUGGGCGGCGCGUACACCUGUUACAACAGCUCGAGGUGGUGGCCAUCGUCAGCUUGCUGCAUGGUGGUGUUACUGCUCAGCGUGCCGAUUUUUCCAUAGCCAGAAUCCUGAGGGAAGCUCAUUCGAUGGCGCUCGGUUGAAGUGGUGGGGUCUCUUUCUCUCUCCCAUCAGGCGCGGGUCAUUCAAUGCUCAGGUCUCACAUUUGGUCAUGAUGUAUUCAGCACGUCCGCAAGUUCGAAAUCAUGACGCUGACUUCGUGAUUUUACCUUCGGACGAUCAUUGAAAAGUAUAUUAUGCAGUCCCAGCGCAAGCACUGUCCUCUUCAGACUGCCCAGCGUUCU